AUAUGUAACUUUUCAAAUGGUUAACCAUCAUUUUGUACAGUAACGAGCGCUAUAAAUUCCCACCAGUCGGUGGUUACCUCGGAACAUCGGCUCCUGGACUUCCUCCUUGUCAAGUCGGCUUUGAGAAGAAAAGAGCUCCAGGAUGUUGACGGCUGCGAGCGUCUUCCUGCUCCUCCUGCAGGUCAUGACACGAGCGUCAGGUUCAGUUGUCUCCAGCUGCGAGGCGUGCCACGAUGAAGCAACAUGCCAGCAGUCACAGCAACGAGGCGACUCCUUCCCCGGCAUUUCAUGUAUCUGCAAAGACGGCUUUGUGGGUGAUGGUGCCGCCUGUUACGAUACCUCUGCCUGCGGCGAUGGUUCUUGUUGUCACCCGGGUUAUCAGUGGGCGCCGGGCCGCGGCUGCGUGGACGUCGACGAAUGCACCCUCGCCGACUCACCUUGCACGGCGCCGUGGGUUUGCCAAAACACGGCAGGCUCCUAUGAAUGCCUGGCACCUGCUCCGCUCUCCAGAUCCGCCAGUUCUUCACCGUCCGUCCAGUUCAGAUGCGGCGACGCUGCGUGUCCGGUUGGCAUGGACUGCCUUGGAAAUAACGGGACGAGCUGCGAAGACCCGUGCGAGAGCUACACUGUACUGAACGACACCUGGCGGUCCACAGAAAAUGGAUUUGACCAUUUCAACGUAGCAUGUGACCAAAGAGUGGAGUGGCGCGGCUGGUAUCGCCUGUUCCUGGGACAAAACGAUGCACGUAUUCCUGAGGGAUGCGUUCCUGGAUUCAAGUGUGGAACACAUAUUACGAUGACGCUAAAUGAACCUCAUCCCACACUGUCUGAUGGCAUCGUAAGUCGCUCUAUAUGCAACACCUGGGCUAGCGAUUGCUGCGAUGCCAAUCAUAGAAUACGCAUCCAUGUCAAGAUGUGCUCCAGAGCACAUGCUUCCAGCUUCUACGUGUACAAACUUGUCAAGUCAUUACAGUGUCACUACGCAUACUGUACAGAGGUAAACGAAGCAGGUUCUUUUACACCAGAACCUGAAGGAACUUCAUCUGAACCAACGACUUACACUCAUCCAAGGACAACCAAUGCCAUGGAAACAACAGAAGCUAACACUUAUCCAGAGACGACCACUGCUGCCUCAACAACGGUGCCCUCAAUAAAUGAGGGCGAGGUCCGUCUGGCAAAUGGAGGAAACAGCUCCUGCUCCGGUAGAGUGGAGAUCUUCCACCAUGGACAGUGGGGAACAGUGUGUGAUGAUAUCUGGGACCUGAAGCAUGCCCAGGUGGUGUGUAGACAGUUGGGCUGUGGCAGGGCCCUGUCAGCCCCACAGGAAGCCCACUUCGGACAAGGCAGGGGACCCAUUUGGUUGGACAACGUCAAAUGCAAGGGCAGUGAAUCAAAGCUCAGUGAAUGCACACACCAAGGGAUUGGAUCACACAACUGUGGUCACCAAGAAGAUGCUGGUGUGGUCUGUGAAGCUGCUUCCCCCUUAAGGCUGGUCAACUCUGACAACCGCUGCUCUGGAAGAGUUGAGGUCUACCACAAUGGACAGUGGGGGACGGUGUGUGACGACAUAUGGGACCUCACCAACGCCAAAGUGGCAUGCAAACAGUUGGGCUGUGGCAAGGCUCGGUCGGCACUGCACAGCGCAGCUUUCGGACAAGGCAGGGGACCCAUCUGGUUGGAUGACGUGCGUUGUUAUGGCAAUGAAACAUCCCUAGUGAGCUGCAAACAUCUUGGAUUUGGGAGACACAACUGUGUCCACGGGGAAGAUGCUGGCGUCAUUUGUGAAGAGUCGGAAAAUUCACUCAAGAUAUCCCGCCUUAUCUGCGGCUCUGACAAACUCCAAGUUGGGCUGGAUUCAGUUAGCACAACAAGCGCUGGUUAUAACCCACUCACUGGCAACCUGGCAGUCCACAACUGUUCCUGGGUCAGGGUGCAAGAUGGCGUCGUGUGGUACGAAGCUGACGCCCAGGCAGAUGCUUGUGGAACCAAACUGGCGAUCAACGGCACACAUGCCAUCUACUCCAACAGUUUAUUCGUCUAUCCAACAAUCAACGCUUCCUUCUCCGUCCCCGAGAGUCUUCCGUUCUCAUGUGCUUAUCCCCUGGACACAGAGAGCAGACUGAACGUGGCCGUCAGACCACACCUGGCGUUGGAAGGCGGUAUUGUUGGUUCAGGUGCCAAAGCUAGAGCCUCCAUGGUACUGUUCCACGACUCCAACUAUACAGAAGCUUAUCCAUCUGGUGCGGUGUACCUUCCAGUGGGCUCACCCCUGUAUGUCGGGGUCUCUGUGGACAAAAGAGAUCCCAGCUUGGCAGUUGUCCUGGAGGACUGCUUCGCCUCUCACUCCUCAAACCCUGACAACUCUGAGCGAUACUCCCUCAUCCACAAUAAGUGCCCCAAUGACCGCCAACAAGUGUCUGUGGUUGAGAGCGGCUCAUCCCUGCGGGCUCGGUUCUCUGCCCUGUUCUUCCUUCCUCAGGGAGAAUACCGGAAUGUUUACCUCCACUGCAGCCUCAGCCUGUGCGACCACAGGGGGUUGUACUCUUGCGCUCCGUCCUGCACAAGGCGACAACGCUCGGUCUCUCACUCCAUUCAAACCGAGCCACUGACCAUUGGACCAAUCACGUACGUAUCUCAAGAAGGCAGUGGUUUUUAGGCCCCUUUGGAGGGAGGACCAGUCGUCGUUCCUGGAGCUUCACCA